AUCGAACAUGGAAAAGAAAAAAGAAAAAAGAAAAAAAGGAAAAUUAGUUCUCUGAAUCCAAUAGAACGCAUAAAAUCUCCAAUUUUCGCAUUUCGCUCGCGCAUUUGAAUUCGAAAGACUGUUGUUUAUCCUUAAAUUCGGCUUGUUCUUUCUCAUUUCGACGUAAUCUGUGAAUUUUUCUGGACAGAGCUAUUGGUUUUCGGUGCUGAAUCCUUUGGUGUAAAUUGGGAAACAAAAAUCUCGAAUUCGAGGAUAAAUGGCGACACAUUUUGAUCGGUGGGAGAAAGAUCCUUUCUUUCCUGCCGCCGAAGAGGUUCAGGAAUCCGCCGACAGGAUGGAAUCCACUUAUAGAAAAUGGGUUGUUUCCAAGAAGGAUAAAUCCACCAUUUCGAACUCUGAUGAGAUUCGUCGAGAUUUACGGACUGCUCUUGGCACGGCUAAAUGGCAGUUGGAUGACUUUGAGAGGGCUGUUAAUUCAAGCUACACUAAUAAUAAUUCAGCGGAUUCUGCAAAAGAUAGGCAUCGCGAGUUUGCUGUUGCUAUUACCAGUCAGAUUAAGAAAGUUGAGGGCUCUUUAAAUGAAUCAGCAGUUUCUCAGGGCAAGCCGCCAUUGCCAUGGGUGUUGUUAGACGAGAGAGAGUGCAAUGAGCUUGCAGUGUUCCUAUCAUCAGGACCAUCCACAUCGUCUGCUGUUCGAAGAGUUCAUGGUAAAGAGCAUCAGACAGUGAAUCCUGAGGCAGCUGAUAGAGAGUUGAUGCCCGAGUGUUCGACUAAGAUGUCCAAUUCUCUAGAGCAGGGUCGGGUGGAGGCUAAGGAGGAGAAGUGUUCAGGGCACCGUAGGACGGCUAGUGCCAGUGCUGACAUGGGUGCAUGGAAGAUUGCAGUCGCUACUGAUGUCCCCAAUAGACGACCUGAAUCUCCCAUGCGAAAGACUCCUAGCUUUUCAGGAUUUUUGAAUGGCAAGGAGUUUGCAAACCACUUGAAGUGCUCAAGGAAUGGUUACAGAAAGUUGAAGGCCUCUGAUCACAACAAAGUAGGCCGUGCUUCAUUACCACCGCAUAUUCAGCAGUUGAGUAGGGACAUUAACAAAUGCUAUGAAAAGAGUAAGAGUUGCAUCGAUGGCUCUGAUAAGUGUUAUGGCAAGCAACUGUAUGGUCUGUAUGGAGCCAUUCAAAGACAGCUUCAGAGGUCUCAAUAUUACAUGCAAUAUAGUCGCUCCGUUCGAGUUGCUUUCUCAGCCAUUGUCCUCGUUUGUUUGAUUGUUUUAGUGGUGCUGCAGACCAUGCGAGGAGCAAUGAGUCCUCUGCUACAAUAGACAGUGGUGUGUCAAAAAGGCUGAUUCAAGUGUAGGUGCAGUUUGAUCUCGGAAUUUGAUGUCUGUGUUUGGUAUUGUACCAAAAUUGGUGCAGAGAAACCUUAUUAUUAUCAUUAUAGCAACUAACGUUAUUGUUCUUGUUGGUUGCCCAGUCUUGUUGUCAUUGUAUGUCUCCUGUGGAUGACAGGUGACCUCAGCCAUACUUGCAUCCAACAGAAUGAAAGAAUAGGCUUUUGCCACUGGUUUUUGUGUAGUCAUUAGCUUUUAUUCUUUUUUGCCCACAAAAGGGAUCCAAACCUUGGUCCGAUAAUAGUGAAAAAGUAAAUCAUGGUGACUCAGUUUCAGUUACUUAUUAGGUGAAAAGACUAGUGUAUGGUGUCCACCACAUUAGGUGAAACUCUCAUGUUGUCACUGCUAGAGUUUGAUAAUGUGUCUUUGCUCACAAUUUAUCACUCAUGAACUAAUUGAAUUAUCGGUGUGAAUAAUUUUAUUA